AUAUCUUUUAUUUAUUUAUUUUAUCUCCUGUUUUUAUCCUGUAUAGGUCCCUCACAUAGUGAUUUCUAAUGUCAAAGCUCUAAACCAGAAACAUGGUCAUUCUGCAACAGGGGGACUAUGUCUGGUUGGACCACAGAACAGGUCGUGAGUUUGGCGUCCCUGUAGGUGCCGUGGUCAAAUUCUGUGACUCGGGUCAUAUCCAGGUCUUAGAUGAUGAAGGAAAGGAGCACCGGAUAUCUCUUCAGAAUGCUACAAACAUCAAACCUAUGCACCCAACCUCCAUUCAUGGGGUGGAGGACAUGAUCCGUCUCGGGGACUUGAAUGAAGCUGGUAUCCUCAGAAAUCUCCUGAUCCGUUACAACGACAGGGUCAUAUAUACAUACACAGGAUCAAUCCUGAUAGCGGUGAAUCCGUACCAGCUCCUGCCCAUCUACACACCUGAUCAGAUCCGCCUCUACACAAACAAGAAGCUAGGAGAGAUGCCACCACACGUCUUUGGCAUUGCAGACAACUGCUACUUCAGUAUGCACAGAAAUAACAAGGACCAGUGCUGCAUCAUCAGCGGUGAGUCUGGAGCUGGGAAGACGGAGAGCACCAAACUCAUCUUACAGUUCCUGGCAGCUAUCAGCGGCCAGCACUCCUGGAUUGAGCAGCAGGUUCUGGAGGCCAACCCUAUUUUAGAAGCAUUUGGUAAUGCCAAGACCAUACGCAAUGACAACUCCAGUCGGUUUGGAAAAUACGUAGACAUUCACUUCAACAGACGAGGAGCUAUCGAGGGGGCAAAGAUCGAGCAAUACCUGCUGGAGAAGUCUAGAGUUUGCAGACAGGCAGCCGAUGAGAGGAACUACCAUGUAUUUUACUGUAUGCUGGCAGGCAUGAGCCCUGAUCAGAAGACUAAAUUAGGCCUGGGCCUGGCCUCAGACUACAGUUAUCUUACUAUGGGAAACUGUACAGUGUGUGAGGGGAGGAGUGAUAUGAAGGAGUACUCCAGCAUUCUGUCAGCCAUGAAGGUCCUGAUGUUUACUGACAGUGAAAACUGGGAGAUCUCCAAACUGCUGGCUGCCAUCCUGCAUAUGGGCAACCUGCGCUUUGAAGCUGAAACACUGAAGAACCUGGAUACCUGUGUGGUGGUCCGCUCACCUGACCUGGCCAAAGCAGCCAUGCUGUUGGAGGUAGACCCUCAGGAUGUCAUGACAUGUCUGACCACACGUACACUGAUCACCAGGGGUGAAAGUGUGUCCACCCCUCUCAGCGUGGAGCAGGGGCUGGAUGUCCGUGAUGCCUUUGUCAAGGGAAUCUAUGGCAGGUUAUUUGUGUGGAUAGUGGAUAAAAUCAAUGCCGCCAUCUACAGGGCUCCUUCCACAGAAACCAAGACUGUUCGCAGGUCUAUAGGCCUGCUCGACAUCUUCGGCUUUGAGAAUUUCACUAUUAACAGUUUUGAGCAACUGUGCAUCAACUUUGCAAACGAGAACCUGCAGCAAUUCUUUGUUCGCCACGUUUUCAAGCUAGAGCAGGAGGAGUACAACCUGGAAGAUAUCAACUGGCAGCACAUCGAGUUCACUGACAACCAGGAUGCCUUGGAUAUGAUUGCCAUCAAACCUAUGAAUAUCAUUUCCCUUAUUGAUGAGGAGAGCAAGUUCCCUAAGGGAACAGAUGCUACCAUGCUGAAUAAGCUGAACUCCCAGCACAAACUUAAUACCAACUACAUCCCUCCUAAGCACAGUCACGAGACCCAGUUUGGCAUUCAGCACUUUGCUGGAGUGGUGCACUAUGAAACGAAAGGUUUCCUGGAGAAAAACCGGGACAGCCUCCACAGUGACAUCAUCCAACUCGUGCACUCAUCCAAGAACAAGUUCAUCAAGCAGAUCUUCCAAGCUGAUGUUGCUAUGGGAAUGGAGACAAGGAAGCGUUCCCCAACUCUGAGCAGUCAGUUUAAGCGCUCACUCGAGCUGCUCAUGAGGACGCUGAGCGUGUGUCAGCCUUUCUUUGUGCGCUGUAUUAAACCCAAUGAGCUCAAAAAGCCCAUGAUGUUUGAUAGAGGACUGUGUGUCAGACAGUUACGCUACUCAGGAAUGAUGGAAACUAUCCGAAUACGCAGAGCUGGAUAUCCCAUACGCUACACAUUCGCUGAGUUUGUGGACCGUUAUCGGGUUCUUAUGCCUGGGGUCAAACCUGCCUACAAACAGGAAGAUCUGCGAGGGACCUGUCAGCGCAUUUUUGUGUCAGUUCUGCAGAGAAAUGAUGACUGGCAGAUAGGAAAGACAAAAAUCUUUCUCAAGGAUCAUCAUGACAUGCAGUUGGAAAUUGAAAGAGAUAAAGCCAUCACUGGCAAGGUCAUUCUCAUCCAGAAGACUGUGAGAGGUCAAAAAGUGAGAACUAGCUUCCUAAGGGUUAGAAAGGCUGCGACAUUAAUCCAGCGAAUAUGGAGAGGCUACAUUUCUAGAAAGCACUACGCCGUGAUGUGUGUAGGUUUUUUGAGGCUCCAGGCUUUGUACAGGUCAAGGAAGUUGUACCUGGCGUACCAAGCAUCCAGGACACGCAUCACUCUGCUCCAGGCCUGGUGUCGUGGCUUCCUGGUGCGGCAGACGUUCUCAAAGCGCUUCCAUGCUGUCCUGACAGUCCAGGCUUAUGCACGAGGAAUGAUAGCACGUAGACUAUGCAAGCAUUUCAGACUGGAGAGGGAGCGACGAUUAGAAGCAAAGCGGCAGCGUCUGGCUGAAGAGGAGCAUCUGAGGAACCAGAUGACGGCACGUUGGGCUCGAGCAGAAGCAGAGAGGAAGCACCAGGAGCGUCUGGCCCAGCUCGACCAAGAGCAGAAGGAGAGAGAGCAGGCAGAGCGGGAUGAGACACUAAGGAAAAAGGAGCUUCUGGAGCAGAUGGAGAGAGAAAAACAGGAGCCAGUCAGCGACUCUGACAUGGUUGACCAGAUGUUCGGAUUCCUGGGCAGCGCCAACUCUCUUCCCAACCUGGAUGGCGAAGCACCAGAAGGGUUUAAGGAUCUCGAGAAUGUUCCAAGACAGUUUGAGGAAGUCAUUGAUGAACCUCUUCCACUUCCUGAUGAUGAAGAUGAAGACCUAUCAGAGUAUAAGUUUGCAAAGUUUGCUGCAACAUGCUUCCAGGGAAAUGCCACACAUACGUAUAUACGGCGGCCACUGAAACAACCUCUGCUGUUUCACGAGGAUGAAGGAGAUCAGCUAGCUGCUCUGGCUGUGUGGAUCACUGUUUUGAGGUUCAUGGGAGAUCUCCCUGAACCCAAAUAUCAUAUCAGCAUUAAUAACGGCAGUGAAAAGAUUCCAGUUAUGACUAAAAUCUAUGAGACAUUGGGGAAGAGAACCUACAAAAGGGAACUGCAGGCCCUGCAGGUGGAUGACGAGAGUUCCCCUACUGACAUCCAGAAGAGGAACAGCGUACGGCAUAAGCUGGUGUCCCUCACGUUAAAGAAAAAAUCAAAGAUCACAGAGGAGGUGACCAGACGGCUGACCGACAGCGAUUACACUCUGCAGGGAAACAGCAUGCUGGAGGACCGGCCCACCUCCAAUUUAGAAAAGCUCCACUUUAUCAUUGGCAAUGGCAUAUUACGCCCUGCUCUCAGAGAUGAGAUCUACUGUCAAAUCUGUAAACAGCUGAGCCAGAAUACAUCCAAAAGCAGCCAUGCCCGCGGCUGGAUCCUGCUGUCCCUCUGUGUGGGCUGCUUUGCUCCUUCCGAAAAUUUUGUCAAAUUUCUGCGGACAUUCAUUAACAGCAGCCCUCCUGGUUAUGCGCCUUAUUGUGAGGAGAGACUGAGAAGAACAUUUGCGAAUAAGACACGAACCCAGCCUCCUUCUUGGCUUGAGCUGCAGGCCACUAAAUCUAAGAAACCCAUCAUGUUGCCAGUGACCUUCAUGGACGGCACUACAAAGACCCUGCUCACUGACUCGGCCACCACAGCCGAAGAGCUCUGCAAUGCUCUGUCAGACAAAAUUGCCUUGAAGGAUCGCUUUGGCUUCUCUUUAUACAUUGCUCUUUUUGAUAAGGUUUCAUCGCUGGGCAGUGGGAAGGAUCAUGUGAUGGAUGCUGUGUCGCAGUGUGAACAAUAUGCUAAAGAGCAAGGCGCUCAGGAGCGCAACGCCCCCUGGAGGCUGUUCUUCAGGAAGGAAAUCUUCACACCCUGGCACAACCCUGCUGAGGACAGCAUGGCCACUAACCUCAUCUACCAGCAAAUUGUGCGUGGGGUCAAAUUCGGGGAGUACCGUUGUGAUAGGGAGGAGGACCUGGCUGAACUGGCCUCUCAACAGUACUAUGUGGACUAUGGGUCAGAAGUCAUACCAGACCGUCUUCUGAGUCUUAUUCCAUCCUACAUACCAGACAGAGAAAUGACUCCCUCCAAGACAGUGGAAAAAUGGGCACAAAUGAUCAUAGCAACUCACAUAAAGGGAAUCUACACACAGAAGAAGCUUGAUUCACAGAGAGUGAAGGAGGAGGUGGUGGAUUUUGCUCGAUUUAAGUGGCCUUUGCUUUUUUCUCGCUUCUAUGAGGCCUUCAAAUUCUCAGGGCCUAGUCUCCCAAAGAAUGAUGUUAUAGUGGCAGUGAACUGGACUGGAGUUUACUUUGUGGAUGAGCAGGAGCACGUCCUUCUAGACCUUUCUUUCCCCGAGAUCACUGCAGUCUCCAGCAGCAGAGGUGGAAAGCUGCAGGGACAGAGCUUCACUCUGGCCACCAUUAAAGGAGAUGAGUACACCUUCACAUCCAACAAUGCUGAAGACAUCCGUGACCUAGUUGUCAGCUUCCUAGAGGGCCUGCGUUCUAGGUCAAAGUUUGUGGUGGCCCUGGUGGACAGCCAUUACCCUGCUGGACAUGCCUCUUCGUUCCUGAGAUACUCAAAGGGAGAUCUGAUCUUUCUGGAUGAGCACACUGGAGAGCAGGUCCUGAAUUCAGGCUGGGCACACGGGGUCAAUGAUAGAACCAAAAAAAGAGGAGACUUCCCAGCAGACAAUGUCUAUGUGCUACCCACCAUCACCAGGCCACAAUACGAUAUUGUAUCAUUGAUUAGCAUGUCCUCAGACCUGUGUAAGGACUCCAUCAGUUUGUCCAAUCCGAAUCAGCUGGACAGUGGGGAGAAGGAUCAGCCGUACACUCUAGAGGAGUUCUCCUACGAUCACUUCAGACCGCCUUCCAAGAGCACACUGAGUCUUGUGAUCGUCAGUAAAGGCAGAGGGAAGGAUAAACUGUGGUGCUGCACCAAAGAACCUAUCAAACAGCCUUUGCUGAAGAAAGUCCUCAUUCAUGAAGAGCUGUCCCAGGAUGCCUGCCAGGCCUUCACUGCUAUCAUGAAGUACAUGGGUGACUACCCCUCGAAGAGAAGCCGCUCGGUCAAUGAGCUCACUGAUCAGAUCUUUGAGGGAGCUUUAAAGGCUGAACCUCUGAAGGAUGAAAUCUUCUGUCAGAUCAUCAAGCAACUCACCGAGAAUCACGUGAAAUACAGCGAGGAGAAGGGCUGGGAGCUUCUCUGGCUCUGCACUGGGCUUUUUCCUCCCAGUAACAUGUUGCUUCCUCAUGUGCAGAAAUUCCUGCAAUCCAAGAAACAUCAUCCAGUCGCCCCAGACUGCAUGCAGAGAGUGCAGAAAGCCUUGCGAAAUGGAUCCAGAAAGUAUCCUCCUCACCUUGUAGAAGUGGAGGCCAUUCAGCACAAAACUACCCAGAUCUUUCACAAAGUGUACUUCCCUGAUGACACUGAUGAGGCUUUUGAAGUUGAAUCGAGCACAAAAGCCAAAGAUUUCUGUCUGAACAUCGCUGGCAGAAUGAUGCUCCAGUCUUCUGAAGGCUUCAGCUUGUUUGUCAAAAUAUCUGACAAGGUGAUCAGUGUGCCAGAAGGAGAUUUCUUCUUUGACUUUGUUCGACAUCUGACAGACUGGAUCAAAAAAGCCAGAGCUGUGAAAGAUGGCACAGUGCCUUUACUGACCUACCAAGUGUUUUUCAUGAAGAAACUGUGGAGCAACACCGUUCCAGGCAAAGAUCCCAUGGCUGACUCCAUUUUUCAUUACUUCCAGGAGCUCCCAAAGUAUCUGCGUGGCUACCACAAGUGCUCUCUUGAAGAGGCGUUCCAGCUGGCUGCACUCAUUUACAGAGUUAGGUUUGAGGAGGACAAAUCACAGUUUCAUAACUUCACCCAGAUGCUGAAGGAGCUGCUUCCUCAGGACGUGAUGCACCAGCUGUCGCCCGACGACUGGAAACGGUCUGUCGUCACAUACUUCAAUAAACACGCAGGGAAGUCUCGAGAGGAAGCAAAAUUGAUGUUUCUGGAAAUCGUUUACAAGUGGUCUACUUUUGGUUCUGCCUUUUUCGAAGUCAAGCAAUCCUCAGAUCCAAAUUUCCCAGAAGUCCUCUUGAUAGCGAUCAACAAGCAUGGUGUUACUCUCAUAGACCCAAAAACUAAGGACAUAUUGGGCACACACCCCUUCACCAAAAUCUCUAACUGGAGUAGUGGCCAUACCUAUUUCCACAUAACCAUUGGUAACCUGGUUAGAGGGAAUAAACUGCUAUGUGAGACUUCACUGGGAUACAAGAUGGAUGAUCUUCUCACGUCUUACAUCAGUCAGAUGUUGACGUCCAUGACCAAGCAGCGCAGUUCACGUGUAAACAUGUCUUAAAAAAAAAAAAACAACAGGCAAUGUGUUGUUCUGUACUGGACUAACUGGGACUUGUCAUGGCACUUGUGUACUUUUGUUGUGCUCUUGUUGGUCUGAUUGCUUCUAUUGUUUUCAUUUGUAAGUCGCUUUGGAUAAAAGCGUCUGCUAAAUGAUUAAAUGUAAUGUAAAUGUAAAAAAAUGCAAAUAAUAAAGAAAAACAAACAAACAUGAGUAUAAAAACUGAAAACCAGAUAGACACUGCAAUAACUAUAAAAAUGACACAAUGAUCAAUAAGGCACAAUUUAAAAUUCAAAGAGAGAAAAGGGACAAAACAUUAGCAAAAAAAUUAUUUGACUUCUUGGAUUCUUACAGAAUUAAGCUGCUUUCUGGGAGUAAUGAUUCAGCCAAAACCAUAACAUUGGUUUUAAAUACCACUUAAGAUGAAACAUAAAACCAGUGGAUCUACUAAUAUUUCAAUGAAGGAAACAUCGACAUGACAGAUAUUUCCAUUCAUGCUUUAAAUGGAAACCUUUACAGUAGCAUUGAUAGAACCUGGGGCUUGUGAAAUGCAAUAACUCAAAUGCAAUAUAAAGUUUGAGCUGCAAAAUUAGUGACUAGAAUUUAAAUAGUGAAUUAUUUGUAUCCUAUAUCACAUAAGGACAGCUACUUAUUUGUCGUUUUGUUACAAUUUAUAAAACAUAAGGAUUAUUUCAAUGUACCACAUUAACAGUGGUUUAUACUGCUUAACUGAACUUCAGUUAGAGAUUUGUUUAAAUAAGUGGUUAAAUAUGAACCAACACACUUCAUCAGGUAGCUCAAAGAGAUGGUUCCUGCUUGUCAGAGUCACUCAUGUUGGCUUGGCUAAAGACCACACAUCAUUUACCUCUGUUCAUGGGAUCAGCAUAAUAGUCUUGAAGAUUCAGAUCAAAGAAACAGUUCAUCCAAAAAUGAAAAUCUACUCACCCUUAGCCCAUACGAAAUCCAGAUUAGGAGAAAUUUAGCAGAUGUUAGCAGCAGAUGUUAGCUGAUUUUAUCAGCAGUGUAUUUUCUGUGAUCAAAAAAAAAAAAAAAUCACACACUUUAUCCCAUUCCAGGGUGCAGGAUAUCCAGGCAUCUCUAUAAGGGUGACCAUAAGGGUGACCCUUAGGUGGCCAAAGAUUCCAAAGAUCACUAGUUUUCCAUGUUGAGCAGCCAGAUCAAAGAAGUCCCUCGGUGUGCACACAGAUUGAUUCUGAGCUUGCAAACGCUCAUCUAGGCUCAGAGAUGAAGCUGUUCCAAAGGGGUCUUGCUGAGUGGAAAAAAAUCUAAUUAUAAAAUUACACAUUUUUCAGGAGUACACAAAGCAUUCUGCAUGCAGACUUACAGAGAAGAACCAGGAUCCAGCAUUGAGACUGUCUCAACAAGUAAUCAUGGCAGGUGAGGUGUGUGUCCAGUUUGGGAACACGUCUUUUACAUUAGUUGUCCUGCGUAGGUUAUUUUCGUGCAUUCUCAAAAGACAUGCAGGUGUUUUCAGGGGCAAGCUGAGAGAAGAUAGAACCAAGGAUUUGCUUUUUUUUCAGUCUGCACGUGGUACAUUGUGUGUCUGCUAAAUCCGUUAGUGCCACAGUGUUUGAUAUAAUUGUUUGAGAAAUAUUAAACUACAAGAAUGUUCACAAACUGGUCAAUUUAGAGAUUUUGUGUGACUUUUCCAGCUUGCAUCUGUAGAGUUCAUUUAAAAAACAAACAUUUAAAGGCUUAUUUCUCAAAAUUUGUUUUUCUCUUGCAUUGAGCCAUAAGUCCCCACUUCAGCAGCAAUUUUACAUAAACCAGAUUUUUUAUAAUUUUACUUCUGUGUAUACAGAGGGGUUUGUUCCUAUAUAUUUUUUUUAUAAUUGUAUGUAAAUGAGUGCACAUUUUACAGGGUAAUUCAUCA